AUGAUUUCUCCAUGCUCUCCUUCUUUAGAGCCACCAAUUCCUCCUCCCCAAACCCCUGCAUCCCAGGCCCCCAUAAUUCCACCUCCUCCCCUACCCCCAAAUCUCCCGGAAUUAGCUUUUCCACCUUCUCCCUCAAGUCUCCAGACCCCUAUUCCCCCACCACCCCCACUGCCGCCUCCACCCCCUACCACCAGGUUUUCUCUCCCUCACGUCUUCGGUUUGGAGAAGAGCCAGCUCCUGAAGGAGGCCUUGGAGAGGGCCAGCCCAGUCCCCAGGAGCAGAGAGGACGUGAAGAGGCUCCUGAAGCUGCACAAGGACCGUUUCAGAAGUGACCUGCAGUGGAUCCUCUUCUGUGCUGACCUGCCCUCCCUCAUCCAAGAAGGCCCUCAGUGCGGGCUGGUGGCCUUGUGGAUGGCAGGCACUCUUCUGGUGCCCCUCAGCGGCACCCCCCUGGAGAGACUGGUGCAGGUGGCCAUGGAGAGAGGUUACACGGCCCAGGGGGAGAUGUUCUCAGUGACUGACAUGGGCAGGCUCGCCCAAGAGGCACUGGGCUGCCAGGCAGAGGUGCUCUACGGCGGCCUGGGUGGUCCCAACAGAGACCACGUCCUGCAGCACCUUGUCGCCGGACAUCCCCUGCUUAUCCCCUAUGACGAGGACUUCAACCACGAGCCGUGUCAGAGGAAGGGCCACAAGGCCCACUGGGCAGUGAGUGCAGGAGUCCUGCUGGGUGUGCAGGGUAUGCCCAGCCUCGGCUACGAGGAGGACCCUGAGCUGCCAGGCCUGUUCCACCCAGCACCCGGCACGCCCCGCCAGCCACCAUCCCUGCCAGAGGAAGGCUCCCCAGGAGCCGUCUACCUUCUCGCCAAGCAGGGCAAGAGUUGGCACUACCAGCUGUGGGACUACGACCAAGUCCGGGACAGCAACCUGCAGCUGACGGACUUCUCUCCCUCUCGGGCCGCCGAUGGCCGGGCGUACGUGGUGCCCGUCGGUGGGGUGCGGGCCGGCCUCUGCGGCCAGGCCCUGCUCCUCCGACCACAGGACUCCGGCCACUAG